ACGGUUGGACCCAAGCAACGAACUAAAUUGAAUUGGAAUAAAAAAAGUGUGCAACUGAAAAUGUCAGUUCAAAAUAUUGAGUUUGCAUAUGCAUUAUUCGGUAAUGGUGAGAAGAGAAAUGUGCCCGUGUCGUGUAUAGAAAAUUUUUCGCCGAAAAAUCAAAACGAUUUUAUAAAAAGAAAAAAAUAUAAAAUGUGGUCGCUGGGGAAUAAAGGGCCCAAUGAUUUCUUACGCAGUGGUUACAUUCUGCUGCUAGGUGCUAACUGAUGUAAACCACAUUAAUAAACAAAAGAAAUCCAAACGUGUACAAAUGCCAAGUCAAAAAAAUUUGAGUUUUUCAUCUUCAUCAGAGUGUGAAAAAAAGAAAAAAAACAGCCUGUUAAAAGAAAACUCCAGUUUCCAACUGAUGCCGCAAAAAAACAGGCAAAUGAAAAAAUUUUUCAAAACCGAUUAGAAUUAAUUAAAACACGAAAAAUUAUCCAAGAAUCUGAUGAAGAUGAGAGUUUAGAUACCGAAAGUGUUGAUUCAGUGCAGCCUCUUUCAGGAUCUACAGUAAAAAAAAGAAUAAAAAAGGCCCAGAAUCAAAAAAACGGCGUUGUAUUGUCGAGGAAACUGGCGACGAAAGUUCAGAGAAAGAUGAUGACUCUCUUCUCGCAGUUGAUGAAGUGGACGGUACUCCUCAGCGUUCACGAUAUUCACCUUCAGGCGUUGGAGGUGAAAUGAAUGGCGCAUCAAACAGUGAUUCACACAUUCAACGUACCCAAGAUUCGAGUAUCCGCAAUGAGACGCCGAGAAGUAAUCGUCGCAGGGAAACCCCGAAUCCAAAUAUGCGCAAUGAAUCGCCCAGAAGUAAUCGUCGCAGGGAAAACCCGAAUCCAAAUAUGCGCAAUGAAACGCCGAGAAGUAAUCGUCGCAGGGAAACCCCGAAUCCAAAUAUGCGCAAUGAAUCGCCGAGAAGUAAACGUCGCAGGGAAACCCCGAAUCCAAAUAUGCGCAAUGAAUCGCCGAGAAGUAAUCGUCGCAGAGAAACCCCGAAUCCAAAUAUGCGCAAUGAAACGCCGAGAAGUAAUCGUCGCAGGGAAACCCCGAAUCCAAAUAUGCGCAAUGAAACGCCGAGAAGUAAUCGUCGCAGGGAAACCCCAGAUUCGAGUAUCCGCAAUGAAACGCCGAGAAGUAAUCGUCGCAGGGAAACCCCGAAUCCAAAUAUGCGCAAUGAAACGCCGAGAAGUAAUCGUCGCAGGGAGACCCCGAAUCCAAAUAUGCGCAAUGAAACGCCGAGAAGUAAUCGUCGCAGGGAAACCCCGAAUCCAAAUAUGCGCAAUGAAUCGCCGAGAAGUAAACGUCGCAGGGAAACCCCGAAUCCAAAUAUGCGCAAUGAAACGCCGAGAAGUAAUCGUCGCAGGGAAACCCCGAAUCCAAAUAUGCGCAAUGAAUCGCCGAGAAGUAAUCGUCGCAGGGAAACCCCGAAUCCAAAUAUGCGCAAUGAAACGCCGAGAAGUAAUCGUCGCAGGGAGACCCAAGAUUCGAGUAUCCGCAAUGAAACGCCGAUAAGUAAUAGUCGCAGGGAAACCCCGAAUCCAAAUAUGCGCAAUGUAUCGCCGAGAAGUAAUCGUCGCAGGGAAACCCCGAAUCUAAAUAUGCGCAAUGAAACGCCGAGAAGUAAUCGUCGCAGGGAAAUUCCGAAUCCAAAUAUGCGCAAUGAAACGCCGAGAAGUAAUCGUCGCAGGGAGACCCAAGAUUCGAGUAUCCGCAAUGAAACGCCGAUAAGUAAUAGUCGCAGGGAAACCCCGAAUCCAAAUAUGCGCAAUGUAUCGCCGAGAAGUAAUCGUCGCAGGGAAACCCCGAAUCUAAAUAUGCGCAAUGAAACGCCGAGAAGUAAUCGUCGCAGGGAAAUUCCGAAUCCAAAUAUGCGCAAUGAAACGCCGAGAAGUAAUCGUCGCAGGGAGACCCAAGAUUCGAGUAUCCGCAAUGAAACGCCGAUAAGUAAUAGUCGCAGCGAAACCCCGAAUCCAAAUAUGCGCAAUGAAACGCCGAGAAGAAAUCGUCGCUGGGAAACCCAGAAUCCAAAUAUGCGCAAUGAAACGCCGAGAAGUAAUCGUCGCAGAGAAACCCCGAAUCCAAAUGAACGUAAUGAAACGCCGAUAAGAAAUCGUCGUAGGGAAACCCAGAAUCCAAAUGUACGCAAUGAAACGCUGAGAAGUAAUCGUCGAGUGGAAACCCCUCAACGGGUUACUCGACGGGGAAAUAAUAAUCGUCAAGUAAAUGCUCCAAAUCGAAACGCACAUAUUGCAAUUGAGGGUCUGCGACGACAAAUCAUUAUCGAAAAUGAAGUAGUACAUAUAGAUGAAAACGUUAAAACUGGCCUUGAAACGUGGGAAAUGAUUCAUCUAAGGAAAGAUGAUUCAAAAUUUAUUAAGGAUAUGGCAGUUGUUAUCUGGACAAGGGAAGGGCUUCGAACAAAGUGUUUGAAUCCACAAAGAGCCAAUAAAAAUGUCACAGAAGAAGAUAUUCGGCAAGCAGUGACGCCAUCAAAAUACCAAUUAUUAAAAGAUUUGCUGCACGAUAAGCUAACAAAGUUAGGAGUAAAAGGAUACAGUAGACAAAGACGACUGAAUAAAGUAUGGCGAUAUUUGGCACAAAAAAUUUACUACGAUAGCGUGUAUAAAAAAUCGCUAAUUUCUUAA